AACACGAAAGAAAAAAAAGUAACGUCAUAUUAAAAUUAUUUACUUUAUAAGGUAAAAUUUUGUCAAUUUAGUUAAAUAAAUCUAUAAAGUAAUCAAAUUUAAUUAUCUGAAUAUCAUGGUGAUAACAAAUGAAGUGGAUUUGCCAGAAUUCAGUGCUCUUAAUGUGCCCGAAGUGAACUUAUCGACGACGACUCUGAUGAGCGCUGCCCCGUACCUCGGGAAAGCGUGUGAAUCUAUCAACAACGAGUUUAUGUUGUGUCGUCAAGAGCUGAAAGAUCCACGACAAUGCUUGGAGCUGGGCAAGCAAGUUACUGCCUGCACGAUGGAUUUCUUUCGGAGAUUGAAAAAGAAUUGCUUACAAGAAUUUAAUCAGUAUGCUAAUUGCAUCGAUAAAAGCUCUGGAGACUACAGUUUUAGACAUUGCCGGAAAACACAGUCUGCAUUUGAUUAUUGCAUGAGUGAUAAGCUGUGCAUGGUUCGUCCUGGCUUCGGGUAUUUCUGUCGCGCUCGCAUCCACUCGAGCUCGAGACCGCAACCAGCCGGCACCCCGUGUCCUUGUCACCCGGUAGUGCCAGAUGCUACUCCCUCGUUGCCGGACUGCAAGCCUCGUCCACCGGCACGUUUUGGUAGUCGUUACUAUUGGAUGACUGAGUGAAUAUGGACAUGUGAACAUAUUUAAUGUUAAUGUAAUGUAAACAAUAUAAAUAGUCUCUUAUAAAAUGUAAAGGUAGUUUAAUAAGUGUCAACCUAAUUUAGUAUUCUGUACUA